AUGUCUUCAAAUUCAACCCCCACAGAGUCAAAGCCCCAUUUGAAGCAGCGUAAGACUCUGAUCAAGCUCGAGGCUGAAAUCGACAAACUGGAACUGCAUACACUUGACGCGUCCCAACUUGACAAAUUGAACAUCAAGCGCCAGCCUAUGACUCUCAACGAAGACUCAGACCUUAACCCCCGCUUUUUCGCGCCGAUACACAACCUCCCGCAACCUAGUGACAAGCUGAUCCGUGAAGUGGUCGAUGAUGCAAAUGAUACAGAUUAUUCAACUGCAAUGUCCCGAGCGCAUCACUCUGAAGCGCAAUGGAGCGUUUAUGCUUUUCAACUUUGCUGGACGGAACAUUCAAACGACAACCCAUGGCGUUCAAUGCCUGUUAUCGAAUACAACACUUUCAAGAGUCUGCACGGGUAUGACAAGCCCGAUUUUGGUGUUUUCAGAAUCAGGGACGCUACCGGACCAGCAUUCCCACAUAUGAAAGCAGCCACAUGGAACAGCCUAGAGACCGAGGGUAACAAAGUGUGCCGCGGAGAGUUAUUGAUCAUCCUCCGUCUAAUGCUGACCCAGCUGAGAAAGGUGCGGUUGCUUCAUCAUCAUGUCGCACCAAUCAUGAUUGUCUCGUUUAUCGGGAAGCGUGCACGCUUGUUGGAGUCCUACUUUGAGGGUGAAAGCCUUAUUCUGCGCUGUUCUGAUCUUUACGACUUCUCGGGUGAGGAAACCACAUCGAUGGCUUACAAGGCUUUUACGAAGUGGUAUCUCGGUCCCCCAACGGGAAAGACAGUUUAG